AUGGGAAAAUAUAGAACGGAAAGCAAUGCCGAGUCUGGGUAUAAAAUGCCGAAAGAAAAAGAGGUCUCUACAAGGCUUUUACGACCAACACUCCCCCAAAUUGAUAUUGAUCAGGUUCUUUCAGUUGUUGAACACUGGGAUUCUGCUUGGGAAAAUGACGCCAGUAUUCGGAUCUUCGAUGAAGGAAUUGCUCAAUACAUGCUCGUUGAUCCGGAAUCACAUCUAAAAUUUUUCGCCGCUCUUGUCUUAUCGAAACCUUCUUUAAGAUGCACAAUUAUUGACGAAGAACCUGAAGACGAGUUGGAUAAUGAGGCUGGAAAUACGUUCACUUUGUUUAUGCGACAUUCCCCUAAUGCUGACGGUUUCAAAAGAAUUGAGUACCUCAAACAAACGCUGCAAAAACGUGGUUAUCGCUUUGAUCAU